AUGGCCCCGAAACGCAAGCUGCGCAGCAGCACGUCGUCCAUUGACAGUGACCAAGUUGAGAACGAGCCGAACAAGCGCGUCGCGAUGCUCGUGCCUCGUACCCGCCACAUUUCCGAGCGUACCGUCAAGUCGAAAUGGGCACCACUCUCGGAGCCAAUUCAAGAUCGGAUUAAAGAGCUUUUCCAGGCGACGGAGCUUCCCGUGCUCACGAGACAAAAGGAUGGGAAGAAGAGAGUCGAGGCACAGUCUGCGCUGAGCGCUGUUAGGAAGAAGUAUGGUCUUCUGAGAAUCUUACUGGAUUUACUUUCUUCUCUUCUUCUUUCUUUUUUUUACCUUGGUCUGCUUGUACGGGUCAGUGGAUUAAUUGCGCCUUGCAGUUUAGGCAAACGACUUCCGAGAAUGCCGUUUCCGCCUGGGACGAAGGAGAUCAGUUUUAAUUACGAGGCAGCAUUGAACGAGAAUCGCUUACUAGAAAGCCAAUUGGCAACGAUGACAAGUUCCGCUACCCUACUCCGGAGAGAGAUCAAACGGGAGGAACUCCAGCUCGCAAGGGAUACUGCAAAAUUGGAGGAACUGGAAAAGAAUGCCAAGGCAGCUGAGGCGCAGAGCAAAAAGCAAUCAAAGAAUUUGGACGCAGAUCCGGAUGUCCUAUCUUUGGUGAAACAACUGCGGAAUCAUCUCGAAUCCAUGCAAACCAACGCCGAACAGGUUACUGGCAUUCGGGAGGCUCUUACACGCGCCCAAUCUGCGUUAAGUAGGGCGCUGCUUAAUGCCCUGCCCGAAACGCUUGACACUUGCUUUAGAGAUGCGGUGCAGGGCGUCGCACAGGGUCUUCUUGGCCGGCUCUGCUUGGAACCCGUGCUGUACAUAGGGCUUGGCAGCUACAGCGCCAGGCGAAUUGCCGAUUCGUGGUUGGAAGAACGGGGUGGGAUUCAGGAGAUUCUGUGCCGUAUUCCGGUCCAAGCAUUGAUCCUAGGAAUCCGAAGAUCUUUGGACGGGUACUCAACCUGA